UAGUCCAAGUGCUGCUGUCACAUGCAGUUGCCUUGACUUGCUUUAUUGUGUUUGCUGUUUGGCCACGUGACAGUCGCCUCUCGCCUUGUCCCGGAAGAAAGCAGAGGCGAGGCUUCAGGUGCUCCCGCGCCUUCGCCAGACGGAGCAUAUAGGGUGGUUGGCUCUACGUUUGUCAGAGGUUGAAACUCGGAGGUUUCGAAGUUGGCCAUGGCUGCUGCUGUUGUUCUGGAGCCCGCCAGUGAGGACUGGGAGCAGCCUCUUUUGAACGGAGACGGAGACGAAAGAUCUAAGGAUGUUAUGGAAACAUUGCAACAAUACAAGAGCCGGUGGAGAUCCAUUCGAAUAAUGUAUCUCACAAUGUUCUUCAGCAGUGUUGGUUUCUCUAUUGUCAUUAUGUCAAUAUGGCCCUAUCUUCAACAGAUAGAUAAAACGGCAGAUCCAAGUUUUCUGGGCUGGAUUAUUGCUUCAUACAGCAUUGGUCAGAUGAUAGCUUCUCCAUUCUUUGGAAUGUGGUCUAAUUGCAGGCCAAGAAGAGAACCACUUGUGGUUUCAACUGCUAUUUCAGUAGCUGCCAAUUUCCUCUAUGCUUAUGUCCAUUUGCCCCCUUCACAGAACAAAUACUACAUGCUAGCUGCUCGAGCAUUGGUGGGGUUUGGUGCAGGAAAUGUAGCAGUAGUUCGUUCAUAUAUUGCUGGUGCCACCUCUCUUACUGAAAGAACUAAUGCCAUGGCAAACACUAGUGCUUGCCAAGCAGUGGGAUUCAUACUGGGACCAGUUUUUCAGACUCUCUUUUCACUUAUUGGGGAAAAAGGAAUCUCAUGGAAAACAAUUUAUCUUCAGUUGAACAUGUACACAGUUCCAGUUUUAUUUGGAAGUCUUCUAGGAAUUAUUAAUAUUGUUCUGAUAAUUGCUGUAUUUAGAGAGCAUCAUGUAGAUGAUACGGGACGACCACAAAAUUGCAUUAAUACUGAAACUGAAGAAAAUAAUGAAGUGGUUCAAGAUAAUCAGCGAUACAUUGACCAUGUGGCUGUGGUAUCAACAAACUUUCUUUUCUUUGUUAUCCUAUUUAUUUUUGCAGUUUUUGAAACCAUAGCUACACCAUUAACAAUGGAUAUGUAUGCGUACCAGAAAAAAGCAGUGUUUAUCAAUGGUUUAAUUCUUGGUGCUGUUGGCAUCGAAUCAGUGGCUGUGUUUUUAGCAGUUAAAGAACUUUCUAAAAGGAUUGGUGAAGGUGCAAUCCUCUAUGGAGGUCUAGUCAUUAUCUUGGUUGGAUUCUUUGUUCUGUUACCUUGGGGAAAUCAGUUACCUAAUAUCCAAUGGGCAGACAUAAGGAACAAUUCUACUCCAGGAAAGAUCUUUGGUGACCUUACAUUUUUGUGGAUGUCACAAAUUGAAUUUUCAUCCAAUAAUACAGCUGAAGCAACAGGAUGUCCUAGUAUACAAUCUUGGUGCUGUUAUACUCCAGUAAUUCAUCUGGGCCAGUAUAUCACUUCUGACAUUCUAAUAGGAUUGGGUUAUCCAGCCUGUAAUGUGAUGUCCUAUACUCUAUAUUCAAAAAUUUUAGGGCCUACACCCCAGGGCAUUUAUAUGGGAUGGCUAACUGCUUGUGGAAGUGGUGCGCGCAUUCGGGGCCCACUAUUUGUCAGUCAACUCUACAGUUCCUUAGGACCCCGCUGGGCAUUUGGUUUUAUCUGUGGAAUAGUCAUUCUUUCUCUCUUACUACUUGAAGUGGUGUACAAGAGACUUAUUGCAUUUUCAGUCCGAUACGAGAGCCUACAAGAACAGAUCUCCUAACUAUCUCUGCUCAGUCUUGUUUUUACUCCAAUCAUUUGCUCUUUUCACUAUUUUGCAUCUUUGGCAGAUGGUUUAUAGAAUUAUCAUUCACCUAGACUGACAGUAUUUCUACCACAAGAUUUAUAUCAGUUUAAUACUGGAAAUGACAGACUGUGAUACAGAUGUUAUUAUUUUGGAGCAGUUUUAAGAAAUGACACUAGUUCUAAUUAUAUACACUGGAUAUAUUUAAAACACAUUGAUUCUGUGAAUCAUGUCUUAAAUGAAACUGUAUUUAAACUGAACUUAAAAAGGCUAUUUAUUCUAAUGAAGUUUUAUGAGAAUGAUUACUGGUUAUGCAUUUUAUAAUUGGUUGGCUUUUUUAAAUUGAAUGUAUUUUAAGUAAAAAUAGCAGAAACUUGCUGAUAUUUUGUUACGCAUAAUUUAUUUUGAGAUUUCCCACUCAUUCAGUGUAUAUUUUAUAUUUUUAAAAAAUGGUUCAAAUAAUAUCAAGAUUAAAAGUAAAAAUAAGGAAUGUUGAUGCAGCACUUGUAACAGAGAUAAGCACUGAAACUG